CCUGAUCCCAAAGAACAAGCAGCGAACGCGAGACAUCUGUCGAAAUACGUUUUCGCUAGGCAGUACGGGCUGUCUUCUCCCUUCUCGUCCACCGUCGAAUAUGGCAUCGGAGAAGCGAGCAAUAAGCGGGCAAAAUGGUCGAACCGAGAGGAAGAAAUCCGGCUGAAAGGACCAUGCAAGACACCUCAAAGAGUGAAGCCCGCCCUCGAUCUUCUGGAGAAGAUGAUUUGGCGGCACGGGAAGUGCGCGUACAAAGCUCUGCGUGAUAAAGCAUGCCCAUCGAAAGUGCGGCGGACGAUCUUGGCGACCGGGCUGACACAGGCGGAGAAACAGGUCAAGCAGAAGCCUCGGUUCGCGGACUUUGAGUGCAACCACCACGAAGUUUUCCGAUAUGUCAUCCUCGUCACGAAAGCAGUGAUACCAGGCCCGUUCUGGGGAUCGGCGGACAACUUUAAAGUAGUCGAAGCGAAUAUCAAGCGCUUCAUCGCUGGACGACGCUACGAGACCUUCACGCUCCAUAACGUCAUUCAGAACUUGAAUACUUCGGACUGCGGAUGGCUUCAAGGGUCUCACGGGAAGCCGAAGAAAGCCAAGGUUAAGAGCGGUAUAGCGCUCACCGACUCUUUGAAGCAGCGCGAGCUCCUCGAAGAUUUCAUGUUCUGGUUCUUCGACUCCUUCCUGCUGACACUGCUGAAGACAACAUUCCACGUUACUGACUCCUCCGUGUUCCGCAACAAAGUACUCUAUUUCCGGCAUGAUGACUGGGAAACUUUGUCCAAGCCGCUCGUCGAUAGGUUGACAUCGUCGACCUUCCAGCGCCUGGAUCGCCACGAUGCGGAGCAGCUUCUGCGUCAACGUCGUCUGGGAUUCUCAUUCGUACGUCUUCUUCCGAAGGAGACGGGAGUGCGUCCGAUCGUCAAUCUCAGAAGGCGGCAACCUGCUGGACCAGUGCGCAACUUUCCCUCGCUGUUGACGAAUAUCCAGGUGAACAAACCGGAUCUGUUGGGCGCGUCCGUCUUCGGCUCGAACGACAUAUAUCCGAGGUUGAAGGCCUACAAGGCUCGAUUGCUGGAAAACAGUGCAGCUGGUAAACUGCCGCAGCUAUAUUUCGUGAAGGUGGACGUACAAGCGUGCUUCGAUACCAUUGAGCAGGGUCGCCUUCUGAGCAUUUUGAAGCAUAUCGUCACAGAGGAUGCAUAUAUGAUACAGCGAUACGGGCACAUAUCAAAGGUCGGCCGUAAAAUCCGGAGGAUGUACAAGAAAAAGGCCAUUCCUGAAGGUACGGAAUCGUUGCAUUUAUAUGCACGUAUUGAGCGCGCUCAUAAAGCUUUUGUAGACGAGCACCCGCAUUUUCUCGCCCAGGCCAGGGAAAUGGCUACGGCUUUCAAGCAUACCAUCUUCGUGGAUCAGGUCCAAUACUCGUACGAGAAGACGCACGACAUACUAGCGUUACUGGAGGAGCACGUCACGGAGAAUCUGGUCAAGAUAGGCAACGAAUACUACCGUCAAAUGGUCGGUAUACCCCAAGGAUCAAUCUUGUCGGCCAUACUCUGUUCUUUCUUCUACGGCGACUUGGAACGCAACCACCCCGGUUUCCAUCAGGAUUCCAAUAACCUCCUCAUGCGGCUCAUUGAUGAUUAUCUCUUCAUCACUACGGACGUCACGAAAGCACGUGCAUGGUUAGCGAUGAUGACGAAAGGUCACCCCGAGUAUGGAUGCUUUAUUUCGAAGGAUAAGACUCUUGCGAACUUUGACCAUGGACCAGACCUGGCGAGCACGGUGGCACCGCUUCAGAAAGCUUUUCCGUGGUGUGGCUACAGGAUAGAUAUGCUUAGCCUCGCGGUGAACGUUGACUACAGCCGCUUUCACGAGAGAUACCUUCGCGAUUCGCUGACGGUUAGCUACGGUCGUCAACCCGGAGUUGCAUUUCAGCAAAAGAUGCUUCAGUUGGUCAAGCAUCGCAGUCAUAUUAUCUUCUGCGACACAGAUCAUAACGGCUUGAACACCGUCUACUUCAAUGUCUAUCAGAACUAUCUACUGGCAGCCAUGAAGAUGCAC